AUGCAUCUGUGCUGCGCCUGCAUCCUGUCCUUCUCUCUGUUGAUGGUGCCCCACCUGGUGAGCGCCUCAGUGUCAAGCAGCUUCAAAGACUGCAAGCAUUUUUUCUACAUGCAAACACCGCCCGCCGGGGUCCGAGGGACAAGCCUGAAAAGGAUCUGCCAGAAAUAUGCGGACAAACUUCGCUUCGCCACACUGUACGACAGCAGUCGGCAUCUCCCCCUUUACUCGGCAUACGUCUUUAAGAAGUCGGAUGGGAAGAAGAGAAUGGACACACCCUGGAUGUAUGAACCCCAGCUGGUAUCUGACGACGAGGGCGGGAACAUGCAGGUGCUUCCCAUGGGUAAAGACAUGCCCCCUCUGAUCGAGGACAGCCAGGCCGUGCUGGAGGACUACGUAGACGCUGUGGAGUUCAGACGUGCUCCUCUGAAUCCAGAUCUGCACCAAGCAGAGCCGGACGACAAAUCCUCGACCUACACCCUGACCAACGUGGUUCCACUGAUCACAGAGUUCCUGGAUAACAGUUGGAAUCCAUACUUGGAUGUCGUUCGCAGACGCCUGAACAACUUCUGCCACGGCAAAUCCUUCAUCGUGACGGGGGCGACCGUUUCAGGGGCCACCAUCAAGCGGAAUAACAGAGACUGCCUGACCAUCCCAAAACACCUAUGGCUGGCAUACUGCUGCCCACGUUUUGACCGUAACUCGCCGUACGAGGUGAGGUUUAUGUUCCCCAGCUUUGGGGGCUAUGCACUGAAUGAACACACUGGUUUCAGUGUGGUGGAAGUACCAGUCAAGACUCUGGAGACUUUCUUGAGGAGCCAGACGGACAUAGACAGUGACAUGAGUGUGUUUUACAAGGGCUGCGUGUCAGAAAACACCUUCAAGAAGAAGAGGAGAGACCUGUCCAGAGCUGAACUGCAACCAGAAUGA